ACUGGAUUAGAGUUUCAAGCAGAGGCUAUCCAUAGCUCUGGAGGCAGCCAAGGUAAAUCUAGAAGAAUCCACUGAGGGAAAUGCUAAUUUUCAUUUUGGUUAAGGAAAUUCUGUCUACUUGGUGCAUGUCUACGCCAUCUGCACAGCCUAAAGCCUCCUACGAUGCUAGGGUGUUAAGGAUACCUGAAAAGAUAGAAGAAGCAGAUCUAUCUUGCACAUCUACUGUUGAUCUGAGACUUUGGGUGAAUGUCAGGGUAGGAGAAUCAGGGAACUUUACUGACAUGACUAACAUUUAUAGGUUUGGGGUGCUCGUUUUGGAGCUAGUAACUGGACAGCAAGCUGCAAAUAGAGACUCCAUCAGAUCCAAUGAAAUCUUGAUUCAGUGGCUUGUUGGAAGCUUUACCAUGGAGGGAAUCCGGAAUUUGAUCAGGCUGCUACAAUGCAUGAGUUUCCCUGGAAAUGGAAGGCCAAGAAUGGACAUGGUUGUGCUUGAGCUUGAACAAAUUCAUGAGAAAGAGAUGGCACUAACAACAGUCAUGGGUGUGAAGAUCUGCCAUUAUAGACAAGGAGGUGGUGGAGGGAGAUUCUGCAUUUACUCUGCUAAAAUGUAAAAUCUCCGUGCUCCAGCUCAGACUAAUCUUAUAUUCCCACCUCGAGCUUUAUGUUCUAACCAAGUUCAAAUCCCAGAUUCAAAAUCAAGCUUGUUUAAGAAAAUGAGCUGAACUUC